UACAAUACAUAAAGCGCUUUUUCCUUUUAAUUUCCACCUUUUUCUUUUCCUUUGCCGCGGAGAAGUUGACCGGCGGAGCUAACAUGGGGGAUAUCUUUGUCCAUGUAACUUAGUGCUUUAAAGUAAUUUCACCCAUUGAGGGUUUUUUUCUGCCGGUUGUUGUGCAUUCGCGACAAGUGUUUGUUGCUUAAAAACCAAAUCUAUUCAAAUGACGAUGACAGGUUUGAAGGCUUGGCCGCUGCUUCUGCUGCCGUUUUCACUCUUCUCUAUGGGGAAAGCAGAGUGUUCAUUUCCUGUUUUGGCUGGAAAACUCAUCUUGUCCUCGGAGACCAUACUGAAGAAUAGCUUCCCGGACAAUUCAAAAGCGUUUGUGGAGUGUGCUAAAGGAUACGAGAAAGAUGAAGGUUCGGAUUAUAUCACCUGUGUGAAUGGGCUCUGGAGUCCAGUGGAAUUAAGCUGCAAAAAGCAGGAUUGUGGACCACCUUCACUUUCACCACAUAUGAGCUACAUUAUUCCACAGGGAACAUUGUUUGGUGCCCAAAUUCAACCCAAAUGCGAUGAAGGAUAUGAUCUGGAAGGAUCAAGCCACAGGCAUUGUCUUGUUUCUGGCUGGAGUGGAAAAGUUGAAUGUAUAUUGACGGUAUGCACUUUGCCAGGUCCAAUUGAGCACGGCACUAUGGUUACACCCAGAGACGAACCCUUAUUUAAUGAUGUCAUUACAUAUUCCUGCGACGAUGACUACGUCCUGGUUGGCAACAGCUCCAUUAAAUGUGGUGAAUACGGAGAAUAUAGUUCAGAACCUCCGAUAUGCAAAGCUAUUGAAUGUCCAGUUUUUGAACUUAAAUUUGGUAACCGGACUGAAGGAAAUCCUCCGUUCUUUCAUAAAAGUAAAGCCACGUUUGAAUGCUGGCCAGGUUACAGGAUGAAAGGUUCAGCUACAUCAGUGUGUGAAAAGAGUGGCUGGUCUGCCCUUCCUGUCUGUGAUGAAGUCAUCAUAACACCAACAAUAGCAAACGCUACCACGACAGAAAUGACAACACCCUCCACCCAUUUACAUGGAAGAAUUAAUGAAGUGCUCCCUACUGUCUCAUUCCUUUGGUGGGGCCCUGCGAGUAUGUUUGUUUGCUUUUGCGGCCUGGGCUUUCUGUUUUUUGGAAUUUAUUAUUCUAAACGCAAAGGUUCAUACAAUACUGGCGAAGAACUGAGGACAAAAGGAGAGUUAUUGCUAAAUCAAAGCGUCUAAAACCCAAGGGCAAACAAUCGGACGGCUCCUUUGCAUUAGCCUUAUUGCUGCAUACGGAUUCUAAACGUUUUUUUGUCGUUGAAUUUUUUUUAAACUAAAUAUUGUAUUUAUUUAUAACUGCUACAACAUUUUUGCUUUUGGAAAUAUAUUACAGGAUAAUAUUUUUAUAUGUUUGAAUAAAGAUUUUUUUAAGUA